AUGUUCAGUUAUGGACCAAUUGACAAGGACACCUUCAAUGCAGUACAUAACAAGUAUCAACAAUUCUUUAAAGAUCAAUAUAUAUUCAAACACAUACUAUAUAAUGCGAUAGUCAAGUCUGCUGGUAGCAACACCGAUGUUGUGAGCAAGUUGUUGUUCAAUAAUCCAAAUGCAUUGGAAUCAAAUAACCUGGUUCUUGGGCAUAUACUAAACCAACUAUACAACUGUGGAGCAUUCGAGAUGAUAAAGGUGUUACACGAUACUGGACAUAACAUUGAGGUGUCAAAAGAUCAUACCAUCAGUUGUGUUUUCAGGGCACCAGCCGCAUCAAUACGAUACUUUCUUGAUCCCAACAACAAGUUCAAUCCAAAGCUUAUCAAUCUGGUCAAAUCAAGUGCGAACCUCCCUUAUUAUGCUAGUCUGAUCAUUUCCAAAGGUGAUCAACAACUCAUUAAUGAACUUUUGACCAUCGACGUCGUUAGACAAAUCAAAGGAUCACCAAUCGACCAAUCAGACACCAAACUCAAUGAUCUAACACUAUUUUAUAUUGCAAAGUCCAAGAGCACUACAUUGACAAUACUGUCAUCAACAUCGCAUACGAGUCAAGACACAGACAUUGGUGAUGUCAAACGUAUGACAUUUGUCAAUGGUCAAGCAAGGAGACAGUGCAAUGUGACUGUGCACCAGUAUAUAAUCACUGGUGAUUGUAUGCUCAUACCUUUCAUGAUGACAGACUAUGAUAAGCUGGAUGUAAGAUUCAUAAUCAAUGAGUUAAUCAAACAUGGCAAUGUCACACAGAUCAUUGUGGCACUGGGAGUGUUGGACAAUGUGAUCUUACCGAAUCAGACAGGUCAUCAUAAAUGUGAUGAUCGAUCAUUAUACUUUGGUGAUAUGUACAAUGCAUUCUUGGAUUCAGAACUAAUGUCCAAGAGUUUGGAAGUCAUCAAGUAUCUAAAUGAUCAUCACGUGGUACAAACGAUGGAUAGGCGAUCGCAUCUUCGAGACGACGUAAUCCUGGACUCACCUCGUACUCAACAAGCACUUGAGUUCCUCAUGUCCAUUGACAACAAGAUAUUCCCAUUGGCAUUGCUAAAGAGAAGACUUGUUUUGUUUGAACCUAGAGAUAUCGAUUAUGUCCUCAACAACAACCCAUCAUUCUUUGAAGUAUACACUUAUGUUGGUCGACCCAAAGCAGAACUGGAUGUAUUGGUGUAUACUUAUCAUGCCGCUCAAUCAAUCAAUAACUAUGACUUGGGACUAGUCAGAUCAAUCUUGAAUGCUAUUCCACCUGGUCAUCGAUCUGGAUAUUUGGAAUCGACAUUUCUAUACUUUAUCUCUAAUGGCAGAAUGAACAUGGAUGUGAUCAAGAUGAUGUUGCAGGGAUUACAAUUCAAACCAACAUAUUCAUUACUCUCUCUUCUUGGAGCAUCGGGCGAUGUAGGUCUGUUCGAUUGUGUAUUCAAACAGCCUCUGGAGUCAUAA